AGUGUCGCAAUUGCUCUUUACCUUGUGAUGAAUCAGGACUGCUCAUCUCCAACUGCUCUAGAACUUGAGUACAUAUAAAAAUGUGUCCAAAGGUAACCAAUCAUAUAGUGAACAGUAAGGAGUGCAACCUUGAUGUCACUGCUUAUGUUGGAGAUAUAUUCUCCCCUGUGUUUUGUUCUUUUUGGUGUGAUGUUUACCUCAUUACAUAAUCACCCUGGAGCAUACACUUUGUGCACUUUUCCUCCAGGUUCCCUCAGUAGACCUUGUGCUUGGUUGGCACCUUGCAAACAUGUUCCAGCUGUCUGCACCACUGCACUUUCUUUUUCUCUGAAUACAGUGCUUUGCAGACCAUUAUUAUGGCAGCCAUUUUAUCCAGCUCAAUCAGAGUUUGCAUUGGAGUCAUUUGAAGACAUACCCUGUAAGGAAGGCAAUGGGCAUCAGCACAAACAUUUAAAUUUCAAGUGUUGCUUCUGAUAGCUAUAUUGAAAGGGUGCUGUGGGCAGCCUCAGCAGU